GAAGACGAGGAGGCGGAAGCGGAAGCAGCAGUUCGUGUGUCACCCGCUAAUCCGUCCGCAGCUCAUGUUGCUGAACGCUGGACGCGUCUCGUCGACGGUUAAAAUGAACAAACUGAACAAACCGCAGGAGAUCGACUCGUACGAGCUCGAGGAGCUGAGCGACGAGGAGCGAGCGGAGAGCAGUUCGGAGGAUGAGCUGGAGGUGCUGCUGAACGGGACCCCGGAGCAGAAGAAGAAGCUGAUCAGAGAGUAUCUGACAGGGGAGAGCGAGUCUUCCAGCGGGGAUGAGUUUGAGAAGGAGAUGGAGGCGGAGCUUAACUCCACCAUCAAGACCCUGGAGGGAACCUGGACGCCGGCAGCAGCUGCAGCGGCAGUGGCAGCAGGAGGAGCUGGUCCUGGUCCUCCGACCUCUCAGAUGUACGAUGAGGUGUACUUCGACUCCGACUCGGAGGGAGAGGAGACGCCAAGCGGCUCCACCGGCCGGAAGCGGCGCCAGCGAGCCGUGCUGACCAACGACGAGCUGCUGUACGACCCCGACAAGGACGACCGGGACCAGGCCUGGGUGGACGCCAGGAGGAGGCGGUACCACAGCAGAAAGCGACCGGCUGCCGGGUCUCGAGCGCAGCCCCGCCAGGAUCAGGGUCUCAUGAGCAGCGACGCCGUCCUCAACUGUCCCGCCUGCAUGACGACGCUCUGCCUGGACUGUCAGAGGCACGAGAAGUACCGGACGCAGUACCGCGCCAUGUUCGUCAUGAACUGCGCGGUGAAGCGAGACGAGGCGCUGCGCUACAAAACCCAGCCGGAGGCGAAGCCGAGGACGUCGAGGAGGAAGAGGAGGCGCGGCGGCCAGAAGGCGGACGAGAUGGACGAGACCCCCGAGCCGGCGCCGGCGGGGAUGGACGCCGACGAGGUUUACCACCCGGUCCGGUGCACCGAGUGCUCCACAGAGGUGGCCGUGUUCGACAAGGAGGAGGUGUACCACUUCUUCAACAUCCUGGCCAGCCACUGCUGAGCAGGAGUGGGAGGAGGAAGAGGAGAGGGCUUUUUUAUUAUAGGAAGUAAAUAAAGAGACAUUCGGAGAUGCGCAGAGAGAGAGAAAAAAAAAAAGAGGACGGAGGAGGAGGAGGAGGAGGAGGAGGAGGAGGAGGAGGAGGAGGAGGAGGAGGAGGAGGAGGAACCAGGUGGACAGUCGCUAGUUUUUCUUUUUAAAUAUCUUACGUAAUCUGGAAUUUUGACACUGAAAAUCUUCUCAUUGCUGCUCUGAUGGUCUGAAUACACAAGAGCCCGCUUGUAAUGCUGAUAUUAACAUUUGGGGAUUUAAAAAAGGCUGACGAGGCCGACGGACACUUUACCGUAACCGCCCGGUUUAGCGUUCAGUCGGUAAACAAGCGCUUCAUAAAGUGUUUUAUUACGCUGUGACGUAGCUGUGAGUCAGCUGGUGUGAAUGUUUUUGUCAUAAGAGGAAGCAAAAGUCUAAAGUUGAUAACUGAUGACACGUAAAACACAGGUGUCAUAUGAAAUAUGUCUUAGAACUUCCUUGACGAAUACUGUGCGUUCCAGGGGGCAGUGGUGAUGUUGUGUGAGGUACUUGUACACAGUCAGAGUAUUACUGCAGUAGAGAAGUACUGCUGUGGACGUGUUUUUUAGAUGCCUAAAAGAAUCAAUAUCAUCUUUUAGGCGUCUAAAGUGUCUCAUAUGAUCUCUUUUAACACCUAAAGUGUCCUUAUAGCUGCGUACAACUACGUCAUAGUGUUAUAAACUCCUUAAAGUAUCAACAGCUCAAUAACAUUUUGUUCUUGUUAAAGAACGAGAUCUGUACUGAAGUGGAUAUUUUACAGUUGUAAAUAAACUUGUCUGUGCUUUCUUUUGAACAAA